ACUGGCGCUGCGGGGGCGACCAGAGGGCGCGGGCGGGUUCCCACCUGCUGUGGACCGCCGUGCGGGAGCCCCGAGAGCCCUGGCAGCUGGGUUAGGGCGAGACUCGAGCAGCGCGGCUGGAAAUCUGGAGCCGGAGGCGCGCAGCAGGCAGCCUGGUGGUUCGGCAGGGGAGCCGAAUCCACCCGGGAAGGAAACUUCUGGUGGGAGGCUGCGGCAGCUGCGCUCGGGAGGCCACCCCCUCAGUGCCCUCGGCUCCCGCCUUCCCGGGCGGGGACGUUGAGGAGAGGCCUGAGCUCGCUGAGGGCCCGCCCCGCCUCCCGCGCCAGCUGCAGUGCGGGGUUACCUUCCCACGCGCUCGGCCGUGGCCCCGGCACCCCUACCUCCCCCACCUACGUCCCUCCCGACAGGACUCUACAAAGCCGGCCGGAGUGCGAGAGAGGCGUGGGCUUACAGCCCGGGUGGGGAGGCGGCCUCCACGUCCGCCUGGUCUCUAGCGGCUCUAGCUCAGACCCAGCUCCAGCUCUGACAGCUCCCCCGCCCCCAUCCGUCCAGCUCACAGCCAACGCGUGUCCCAGCCUUAGGGGGACCCUCCGGACAACGCCACACCGUUUUUCUUUUCUUCUGAGUUUCGCGGCUGUUUAAAGAAUUGGGUUUGGGUUUUGUGGCGUCUAAUUGUACGGCCGAGAAGUGCAGGAAGCGGCAAAGCUCUAGCCCUGGGAGCCAACACUGACGGAGGCGGAUGGCACCCUAGCCCCUAGGGGCAUUCUGGCGCUUAGGUAACGGGAAACGUCGUUGGUGCCCCGUGACACGUCCCAGGCGUCUUUUCUCCCACGUCUGUUCCCAUUCCUCCGGAGAAGGGGACACAAUGGGGCUGGGGAUCUGAAUCAGGAGGCCUGCACCCUACAGGGACCAAGGCCGCUAGAACUCGUUUUGAGCCGAGAGCUCCAAAAGACAGAUGUAGACUCUGUGGCCUGCAUUUUGCCUAGGAAGCCGAGCAGCUCCUAGUACAGCAGUGGAAACAGCACGAAGCCAGAGGACUGAGGGUCCUGCCCCAGCCCAGAGUUUCCAGCACCCUCGUUUCUGAACCAAUCGAAGCCACCGAGAACUGCUGUACUGCAGCUCACGUGUGAACCGGGUCCCCAUCGCCUUCACCCCGGGAGGAAGGCAGAUUCGUUUACCCCAGACCACCUUGACUGUGGGGUCCCGCCCCGCCGGAGCCGGCUGGAGCUGAGGCUGGCGCAGCCCCGCCCUUCCGCCGGGCUCAAAUUUCGACCUGGGAUUAGGUGAACUGAUUGGGGGUUAAUGAGAGCGGCGCCCUGGGCAGCUAGUUCCCUCCCGGGCUCGGGCCAACCCUUGCUUUCUGCCAAUGCAGCCUGCGUGCUCUGGCGUCGUGUCUUGUUUGCUAAAUUAUCAGUGCACCACCGAUUCGGGACACCUAGCAUUUUCCCCAGUCAAUGUUCGCGGAUCGGGCUUCACUUCCCUAGGACAAGAUUUUUUGGUGAGAAGAACGGAAGGUGUUUUUUCCCGGGACCUGAUUCCCGAGGUUAGGUCUCCAUGGUCUGGGAUGGCUCGCCGCAACCUCAGCUGGUGCCCGCAGCACCUGGGAGUCCGGCGCCAAAGUUUCUCCUACGUGGGGCACAAGUGAGGGGAAACAGGGAUCACCAGGAUGCGAGUUUCUCCUGAGGUCUCCGCCGGGCUGUGGCUGAGCAAGCCUUCGGAGUGACCGUGGGUGACAGCGGCUCCAGGGAUUCUUGGGGCGGAGUGGGGAAAGCCCCAGACCACCAUGCCACGCUCAUUCCUCGUCAAGAGCAAGAAGGCGCACAGCUACCACCAGCCGCGCUCCCCAGGACCAGACUAUUCCCUCCGUUUAGAAAAUGUACCAGCACCCAGCCAAGCAGAUAGCACUUCAAAUGCAGGUGGGAUGAAGGCGGAGCCCGGGGACCGUUUGUCCCCUGAAUCGCAGCUGACCGAAGGCCCAGACAGAGCCUCCGCAUCCCCAGACAGCUGCGAGGGCAGCGUCUGUGAACGGAGCUCAGAGUUUGAGGACUUCUGGAGGCCCCCAUCGCCCUCCGCGUCUCCAGCCUCGGAGAAGUCGAUGUGCCCGUCAAUGGACGAAGCCCAGCCCUUCCCCCUGCCUUUCAAACCAUAUUCAUGGAGUGGCCUGGCGGGUUCUGAUCUGCGGCACCUGGUGCAGAGCUACCGACCUUGCGGGGCCCUGGAACGUGGUGCCGGCCUGGGCCUCUUCUGUGAAUCCGCCCCAGAGCCGGGCCACCCAGCCACGCUGUACGGCCCGAAGAGGGCAGCGGAUGGCGUGGGGGCCGGGGCUCCAGGGAGCUGCAGCGCAGGGGCUGUUGCCGCCGCUGGCCCUGGCCUAGGGCUCUACAGCGACUUCGGGUCUGCGGCGGCCGGUUUGUAUGAGCGGCCCACUGCAGCGGCGGGCUUGCUGUACCCUGAGCGUGGCCAUGGGCUGCACGCGGACAAAGGCGCUGGCGUCAAGGUGGAGUCCGAGCUGCUCUGUACCCGGCUGCUGCUCGGCGGCAGCUCCUACAAGUGCAUCAAGUGCAGCAAGGUGUUCUCCACGCCUCAUGGGCUCGAGGUGCACGUGCGCAGGUCCCACAGCGGCACAAGACCCUUUGCCUGCGAGAUGUGCGGCAAGACCUUUGGGCACGCGGUGAGCCUGGAGCAGCACAAAGCCGUGCACUCGCAGGAACGGAGCUUUGACUGUAAGAUCUGUGGCAAAAGCUUCAAGAGGUCAUCCACACUGUCCACACACCUGCUCAUCCACUCAGACACCCGGCCCUACCCCUGUCAGUACUGUGGCAAGAGGUUCCACCAGAAAUCAGACAUGAAGAAACACACCUUCAUCCACACUGGUGAGAAGCCCCACAAGUGCCAGGUGUGCGGCAAGGCAUUCAGCCAGAGCUCCAACCUCAUCACCCACAGCCGCAAACACACAGGCUUCAAGCCCUUUGGCUGCGACCUUUGUGGGAAGGGUUUCCAGAGGAAGGUGGACCUCCGGAGGCACCGGGAGACACAGCACGGGCUCAAAUGAGCACCCUGGCUGGCUGCAAGCAGCAGCUACACAACACUACAGAGGGCAGCCUCCCUGCUUGCCCACCCCUGCUGACUUUGCAGACCCUAGGUCCAGUCUGCAGAUCCCACCAGGGUGUUCCUCCUUUGCCUUACCUCCUGGAGCUGCCAGAGGAGAUGAGAUACCUUUUCAAGUGCAGCCUAGAGUAAGAAUCAAGUGACUCUCUAGGCUUUGGACACAAAUAGGCUCCUCUACACCUGAAGACACAGGCAUAGUCAAAUGGGGACCAGAAGAAAUCUUAGACCUCACAUUCCUUCCCAUUUCCAGCCCUAAUCUACAGACAGGAAUAUCCUUUAGGUUUCUUCCCUCCCCUUCUUGACCUACUCCAGUUAUUUGUGUGGAAGAGGAGGACUCAUCAUUUACAAGGUGGACACGUGCUAAUAUUUUUAUCUAGAAAGAAGAAUGAGUGUUACAUUUUAUUUUUUUUCUUCUGGGGAGUCUAUUGGCCCCCUUCUUUUGGGUGCUGCCUAUAAAUCUUGGAGAAAUAAUUUCUCUUCCUCAAAGACUGAUUCAGAAACUGAUUUGGGGAAGUUUAAUACUUUUGAAGUCAUGAGAUGCACCAUCAAGGCUACCCCAAGAAGGAGCAGAAGAGAAGUUGGUGAUGAGAGGGGAUUAGAGGUCCUCCCUUCAGGAGGCCUGUGAAGGCUUCAUCAGUGGAGGUAAAAGCACAAGCAAUGCCUGUGGCCAAGAUGUCAUUCAUUGACUCAGCACAUGUUCAUGGAUCACCGGCUAUCAAGGUUACCAGGCACCAUGCUAGGUACUGGGGAAGAGAGACUGAAGUCACAACUCCUGACUCUUCUCCUCAAAAGCUAAUGGUUGCACCUCCAAGUGGCUGGGUCUGUUCUUACCCUUGGAGAGAAUUCUGAGAAGACAACAAAGAAUUGUAAAUCUUCCCUUUUGACCCUUUUGGAUUUUAUCAGGUGUAAACAAAAAGCAGCUGAAUAGUUACUUCAAAGAUAUGUGUGUAUAUUCAGUUUUUUAUUGUUAAGCUGAUAUUUUAAAGAUGUCUGAGCUAGCAGGCAUGUGGAAGUGAAGGCUCUGUCUUCAAUUCUUUGACCCUCCAUGUGUAUCAUAGAGAGGGUAAAAAGUGGUAUUUUCAGUUUGAUGAGGUUGGUAAAUGUUUUUAGAUCUUCUGGUAUGCAUUAUGUUUAUUAAUACAUAUUUAUUAGAGUGAUGUUUUAAGUUAAUAAACUAUUAAGACUAUUACAGAUUGCCUUUCCUUUAGGAAAGGAAUUUGGGGAAGACCUUUGUUUUAGUCUGGGGUGGGGGGAAGCUGGCACUGAAGGAAGCUGCAGUAGAGUAUAAAAGAGAAGCAGAUGAGCCAACAUCCAGAAGAGUGUAAAAUCCAAUUGCUUUGGUUUUCAUAUACUUUCUCCUUUGCUUCUACACCUCAGAGAUACUUCUUUAAUAAGACAAAAACUAGGAGGUGUACAAAACUAAGCUCCUACCUUGUAGAGCCCCUGAUGGUUCCACAGGCACAUAAGUAAGCUCUUUCCUCUAAAAAUUUCAACAUAAUUUUUUAUGGGCCUGAAGACUCCCAGAUGAAUAUAGAAAUCACAGGUCUUAGGUCUAGAGGUUUUAGUUUUAGUCACAGCUCUGUCACCAACACAUCAUGUGACUUGGGUAAAUCUUUCAACUUCCCUGAUACUGGUUUCCUUGACCAAGUAAUGUGGAGACAGCUCUGUCAUUCCAGUCCAACCCUGACUGCUUUGAUUCUGUGGAAACUGGAAAGGAGAAAAAGUAUGAGAUUGGUUAGCUGCCUCCCCUAAUGCAAGUAACAAAUCUAAAGGUACAUGAGGAUCUGGGUUAUUUCUGGUCUGUCCCACCUGUGGGAGCUUUUUAUAUCAGUCAGUCCUUUAAGAGAAUGAAACCAGAAUAAGGUCCUGCCCUAAAUCCCUACUACUAGUGCUUUAACACCCAGCCAGAUACUCAGGGUAUGCAUGGCUCAUAUUGAGUACCAGAAGAUUGCCCAUUUCCAACUCAAAUUGAUCUCACCUAUAUGACUGAGCACCGAAUAUGUGCUGGGCACUCUUCUAGGGGGUGGAGAUACAGCAGUGAGGACAAUGUCAUAUGAAGAUUUAUUUACUCAUUGUUGAAUCUUCAGUUCCCUGAAUAGUGCCUGGCACGCAGUAGGGGAUCAAUAAGUAUUUACUGAGAUGGUACGUGAAUAAACAGAAUAUAAACUCCUGCUUCAUCCUGUGGGCUGGCUCUGCUCUCUACAGCACAAAGGGAAGUGAGAUUGCUUGAAAGCCUGGGAAACAAAUAGAAUCCACAGGACUUUCUCUCCGGGUUGGUGGGAAAGCGGGGCUUGAAUGUUGCUUUUCUCUGGUGUCUCCAAAUCUCAGUUCUUUUUUUUUUUUUUUUUUUGGUAUCAAAUCUCAGUUCUUGGCUGUCCUCACCUGAUUUCCAGCACCAUGUCUCUCCAUGUCAGUUUACUCUCAUUCAGAAUUUAAAUUUGUUUACUCUGUAAUGGAGUUUAAGAUAGUUUUUCAGAACUGAUGGAUGAUGAACAGUUGCAGCAUCUAGGAACCACUUCCUAGUGUCCUGGGAGACAAACCUCCCAGUGAGUAAAGAUGACAAAAACAUCCUUCCCACAGAAGUCACUCUGCAUAUUGGUUGGUUAUUUCCAACCUGGUUUGAAAGUAAAGAAGUUGCACUGAGGGGUAAGUAAAACUAAUUGAAAUCUAGGUGUCUGUACUGUCCUGCUCUUCCCUUAUAACAGAACAUUUGGUCCAUUUUCAUUAUCCCUGUUUAUGCUAUAAGUGAGGAAUUAUAAAUUUGAUGUUAACUGUAUGUCUUUUUUUUUUUUUUGGUAAAAAAUGUAUCUUGAUAUCCCCAGUUCAGAAUCAAAACAAAUUACUGUGCCUGUUACCGUGUGAAAUUUGAAGAUUGCAAAUAUCUCUCUUAAUGUUAUUACUUGACUCCAUUAAAAAUAGAUUGUGAAUAUUCCAUGUCACAUUAUUCAUGAGGCAGGCUCUAUGCCUUUUGUCUGCUGGAGUAACAGUAGAAAGGGUAACAAGAGACACCAGAGCACACCUUUGUUUCUUUCACUAAAUUUUUAAUAACACCUCCAGCUAGCCAGUUGGUGAAGCUCAGCUCUUGCAUAAAAGUGGAAAAGCACAGCUAUCUCUGAGAAGACCAACUCUUUCAGCAGCUAAUUUGAGUUUGUGUUCAUCUACACCAGACAUGAUUAAAUUACCUAUCAAGUGUGCUGAGCUAUCAGGAUUCAGGCCACAUAAAAGGUGAAUUUCAUCUGAUUGAUUUGAGACACAAAUGGAACAACUGAGUUUUAAAAGCCCCGCCUUAAUUAAAGGUAUAGCAGAGUAUCAUGCCCUGGUGACUUCUUGACUGCCAUUGCCCUUGAAAACUGGGUGGUGAUAGUGAUUUGACCCCAGUCAUUUUGUUGUGUGCCUGUUUGUUCAACCUGAUCAUUUAACAGAAAGAGAUGAACUCAGAGGAAGACCUGAAUGGACUUCACUAAUUUUUACUGUGCAUUUCUAGAGCACUGUUUGUUUAAAUCUGUGCUGCCAUAUUAUUUCUAUGGUAAAAACUUUUUAUUUUAUUUUAACCCCCUUUUUCCAUUCAUUAAGUCAGAUUUUAAAAAUUAAAAAGUUUGGGCCAGGUGUGGUGGCUCACGCCUGUAAUUCAAGCACUUUGGAGGCCAAGGCAGGCAGAUCACCUGAGGUUGGGAGUUCAAGACCAGCCUGACCAACAUGGUGAAACCCCGUCUUUAAAAAUAAAAUAAAAAUAAAAAGUUUAAGAAAAUUGCACCCUAAAUCCUUCCAUCUUAAAAGUUUAUGUUCUUUUUGUAUGUGUUCCUUUCUAGUCUUUAGGCACAUGUGUGUAUAUUUAUAUUUUAUAAUUUUUGUCUAGAUAACUCUUAUUUAUUAUAUAGACAUACUUAAAACAGAUAUUUCACAAUGAGAAUUUGGACAAUUUUAUGACCAAAUUUUAUUGAAAUAUUAGUGUUUUGUUGGGAAUCUUGUCAAUCAUUGAGAAAAAGUCUUUUCUGAAGUUUAAUGUUUUUUUACUUUUUAAAUAAGACAUUUUAGGCAUACUGGAAAUUGCAGAGAAUAAUAAACAUUAGUGUACCCACCAUUCUACCAUAUUUACUUUAGAUUUUAUUUUUGAAAUAACAUGUUACAGAUAUAGUUGAAUUUCUUAUUGGAAUAUGUUCCUGCCUAGUCCCAUUUCCUUUCUUUUCUCCUCAGAGGCAUCCAUUAUUCCAAAAUCAGUAUAUAUAAUUGCCAUGAAUGUUUGUAUGCCUUUAAUUUAUACACAAUCCCAUAAACAAUAUAUAAUUUAGCAUAUUUUAACUUUAUGUAAAUGGAUGGUAGUUUAUGUAUCCUUCUGCACCUUUCUGGUUUUUUUGCUUAACAUGUUGUUUUUGAGAUGUAUUCAUGUUGAUAUGUGUAGUUUAGUUCCUUUAUUUUAAAUACUACAUAUAGAAUUCCACUGGAUGAAUGCUUGGUAAUUUCUCUCUUCUGUUGGGAGAGUUUGGGUCAUUUCCAGGUUUUCCUAUUACAAAUAAUUCUGAAGCAAACGACCUUUUACGUAUCUCUUGUGAAAGAUUCUUUAGGAUGUAUUCUUAGGAAUGAAAAUGCUGGAUAUUAUCAAACUGCUCUUCAAAAUGGUUUCUCCAAUUUACAGGCUCCCUAACAAUGUAGGAGAAUUCCUGUUACUCCAAAUCUUAUCAAUGCUUGGUAUUGUCAAACUUUAAACAUGUCUGCCAAUCAGAUGCAUGUGAAAUGUCAUUGUAAUUUGCAUUUCCUGAUUCCUAGUGAAGUUAAGUAUCUUUUCGUAAGUUUAUGGGCCUGACAGGUUUCCUUUCCUAUGAAAUGCCUCUUCAUGUACUUUGUCAAUUUUUCUGUUGGUUGCUUGCUUUUUAUCAAUUUGUUAUUUAAAUAUAUUCUAAACACUCACUGUUUUGUGUUACAUACAGUGUAACAUCUCAGUCUAUGGUUUGCCUUUUCACUGUGAAGAGAGGAUUUAUUUGCUUGCUUUGUUUUUGUGUGUAAUCAAAUAUAUUAGUCUUUUCCUCAA